AUGUCCACCUCACAAAGUCUUUUUGCCGAAAAAAUGACUGUUCGUGAGGCCAUUAACAGCGCCUUGAAGGAGGAAAUUGAAAGAGACAAGAAUGUUUUUAUUCUGGGUGAGGAGGUCGCUCAGUAUGAUGGUGCCUACAAGGUUACCAAAAACCUCUGGAGGACUUUUGGUGACGAUCGAGUGAUAGAUACACCCAUAUCCGAGAUGGGUUUCACUGGGAUUGCCGUUGGCGCUGCAAUGGCUGGCUCGCGACCCGUUUGUGAAUUCAUGACUUUCAACUUUGCAAUGCAAGCCAUCGACCAAAUUAUCAAUUCUGCUGCGAAAACCCACUAUAUGUCCAAUGGACGGGUAAACGUGCCCAUCCUCUUUCGUGGUGGCAACGGUGCAGCUGCUGGUGUGGCAGCCCAGCACAGCCAAGACUAUGCUGCCUGGUAUGCUUCCUGCCCUGGCCUCAAAGUUGUUGCGCCUUACAGCACUGAGGACGCUAGGGGUCUUACCAAGGCUGGCAUUCGUGAUGAUGAUCCAGUCGUCUCUUUGGAGAAUGAGUUGAUGUAUGGCGUCGCUAUGGACACCUCUGAUGAAGCCAUGCAUCCUGACUUCUUGAUUCCCUUUGGCAAGGCCAAAAUUGAAAGGGAAGGUUGUCAUAUCACCCUCGUUUCCUACUCAAUCAGCGUUGGCGACUGUCUUGAGGCUGCUGACCAGCUAGCUAAGGAUGGCAUUAACUGUGAAGUGAUUAACCUCCGUAGUCUUCGUCCCCUUGAUGAUGAAUGCAUCUUCAAUUCUGUGAAAAAGACUCAUCACCUAGUAACAGUUGAUCGUGCGUGGCCAUCCUGUGGUAUUGGUGCCGAGAUCUGCGCUAGAAUUAUGGAGGGCGAUGUCUUUUUCCAUCUGGAUGCGCCUGUCUACCGCGUGACUGGUGCUGAUGUUCCCAUGCCCUACGCUGGCUGCUUGGAGGCGGCAUGUACCUCUCAUGCCUCUAACGUUAUAACUACUGUGAAAAAAGUUCUCAAUCGUCAGUAG